GAGCUUCAGCCCGGACAGUUGAUGGGAUGCAGAGAGGGAGACGCAGCUGCCGUCGCUCAGCGUGAAGUUUGGGUCCUCAAAUCAAAGUUGCAUCUCUCCUGAGCUUCUGACGGACAGCAACAACAGCUGACAUGACAGUCACAGCCAAACACUGGACUCCUGAUCCCCAGUGAACCGCAUCACCAUGCCAACUCCCACGAUCCUCACAGCAACCAGGAGUCCUCUGAGAAGUUGUUAGGGUUUACAACUGUGAGUCUACAUAAAGUGGAUUCCCUCCAGAGAGAGAGAGAGAGAGAGACCAGGAGGCAGAGAUGGUUUGCCGGUCUGGUGCCCUGCUGAUUUUCACCUUACUGGUGAAGACGGGUCUUGUGGAUGGAUGUAUGUGUCCACAAGCCACCAUUUUGUCCCAGUUUCCCUCUGAGGUUCCUGCUGACGUCUGUUGCCUGAACUACUCUGGCUCCGCUUUCAGCCAUGUGCGCUGGUCCGUGUUUACAAAUGAGACAAACAUAGACACACUGGAUCUCUCCUUCUGCAACAUCAGUUCUGUUCACAUGAGUGGCAGAGACGUGUCUACACUGCAGAAGGUUUACUUAGGUCAUAACAGACUGACAGAGUUGCCAAGGGACUUUCUGGCCAGCCAGCCCAGACUGAUGGAGGUGGAUCUGAGCGGGAACCUGAUUCAGGAGCUUCCUGAGGGUUUUCUUCAGGACUCAGACGGCCUCCAGAAGCUGUAUCUGCAGGGAAACCAGCUACACUUCCUCCCAGGCUCCCUGCUGCAGAAGCCCAGUCUGCGGACCCUGGAGCUGGAUGGAAACCCCUGGGACUGCUCCUGUUUGUUGCUGGAAGGCCUGGAGGGAGGCAAGAAGGUCAACAGGACCAGUAAGCUGCAGGAUCUGGUGGGGAACUUGACCUGUGUCUCUCCACGGCACCUGGCGGGCCGGACUGUGUUGUCGCUGAAGCUUAGCAACGUGUGCCGCCCAGCUGGCCUCACCGCGCUCUUCAUCGUGCUCCCUCUACUCAUCCUCUCUGCCUUGGUGCUCUGCUGGUGCUGCGGGAGGAAGAGGAAAGAAGCACCUGUGAGCACCUCAAAGAAGAGACCGUCCAGCUCAAGCAGCAAUGGACAGAAGCAUCGCAGCAAGCAGAAAGCUGCAGCCGCUGAGCCCAAUAAAGCUGGAAAGGGUGGCAACGAGGGGAUCCUGAAGAACCAGCUUCUGCUACGCCCAGCCUCCGCCCUCCUGGGCAGCACCAGGGACAUCUAUGAAGAGGUGGAGAUUAAGCUGGACUCGGUGGAGUCUCUUCCCGGAGAGUCCUCAGGCUGUUCCGGCUCCACAGAGGGGAAGCAGGGCCCCCAGGGACCCGACAUGGACGGCAAGACGGACCUGGACUCCGUCAGCGUGACGGAGGUGAUGAAGGACUCGGCUGACAGGGAGAAGGCUUAUCUGACCCAGUCGACUGAAUACUACAGCCUGGUGCCGGGUAUCGAACUGGAGGACUCGGACCACGGGGAGUACGAGAACGUCAGCCUCUCGUGACAUCGUGUUAGAGGACUACUUUUUUUGGUUUUCUUCACAAGAAUGAGAUGAGAAGAUCUGAACCACUCACCUGUUGUGUGUGUUAAUCGCCCUUAAACGUAUUUUCUUUUACGUUUCUCAGAAUGAGCGAUGAAGUCUUACAUUUUGCUGUUUUAGUAAUUCAAAGAUAGAUUUCUGUAUUUGUGUUUUUAUUCUGCUCUUCUCGCUGGUUGGAUUAACACUGACUGUUAAACUAAAAAAAAUAAGGAUAAUCUUUAACUUAAAAUUUGAAUGUUGUUUAUUUGGUCUUAUAUGUUAAAUUAUAUAGAUAUACUUGAGUUGUGAAACUAAGUUUCAGGGGCUUUAAGUACAGGAGCUGUAGCCCGGGGGCAGUUAGCUUAGCUUAGCAUAAAGACUGGAAUCAGGGGGAAACAGCUAGCCUGACUCUGUCUAAAGUUAGAAAAUAAGCCUACUAACACCUCUAAAUGUCAAUGAAUGAAUGUUGUUUAAAUUGAUUUUACUUUAAAAGGCGGGGGAAAUUCCCUAAGCUAAGUAUCUAUAUUGCUAAAUGUCAUUAUGCAAGCUGGUCAGCUCAAUAGCUCGCAGGACAAUACAGCUAAUAUCCUACUCCUUUAAACCUACACCUUCAAAUGUGCAGGCAAGACAGUUUGUCUUUUUCUUUAUACAUUGAUUUUAACCAUCGAAACUGCAUUUGUUUCCAAUUGUAACUCUGUAGAUGGCCCUUACCGAUCUCUUACACUGUGGGUUUAUAUCAAGAACAGUAGGACCCUGAGAACAUAGGGAUGACCCCUGCUUACAGUCUUUAUGCUAAGCUAGGCUAAAAUAAUCCUAGCUCCAGCUCUGUACUUAACGCUCAAAUGAGUUGCUUCUCUCUUCUCAUCUAAUUAUCUAAGUGUAUGUCAUCAAAAUGUCAAAUUAUAGCUUUAAAUGCACUAAAGGAAGACAUUAUGUGUGUGUGUUCCAGAAAAAGUUAUCUGUGGACACAGAGAGAGUUAUCCGACCACUGUGGUAUCACAAUGUAAGAGGAAGUGAUUUAAUCCGGACCUUUUCCUUUGGGACCUGAGGAACGCAGCGACGGUUUGAAAAGGAGACCCACUUUUUUUUCCCUCUGGAAAAAAAAAACUAAGACAUUUAUUCUAUUUAAUGUUGCAGUUCAUGCAUAUGUGCACUUCAUAUGGUUUUCACGUCUUUAUCAAAGAACAGGGCUUGUUUUUAAUGCUUACUCUUUCUAAGUCAAGCAAGCUUUUCUAAACUCUCCUUUACCUCACCCAAGUGCGAUUGUCAUUCCUGUUUGACUUGUUACAUUUUAUACUGCAUACAGGAUGUUCUGGAUCUGUCACAUCCAUUAAUGAAGGUGCUGAACAAUGACUAAUCUCAUUGUAAUGCUAACAGUUAAUUCAUUGUGAAGUGUGGAAUGUAAAGUUCCGGUGAGAAGUCUAAAUUUAUAUAUGUCAUUGUUUAGGAAGGAUUAAAAGGCUUGCCCAUGUUUCACGUCACAUAAUCAAAAGUGCGUGUGUGAUGGAAAAUGUCAGUGCGCUCAGAUUUAAAUGCAGUGUGUCUGAGAUAGAAAUCUCUGUAGUGCCGGUUCAGUAAGAUGAGAUUCAGAGCAUUUCUGUGCAGCGGUGCGACUACUUAAUGACACUGGAGACACAAAAGACAAACACUGAACAUCAGGGUCAUCGGUCAGGAUGUGAUCUAAGAUGUGAAGAAAAAAAGACAGACGUCUCACAAGAACGCUUAAUGGUUUGUGUUAAGUGGGACAGAGAGAGAGAGAGAGAGAGAGAGAGAGAGAGAGAUAGUGGGUGCAGCUAUGAGAGUGUGGAACUUCCUGUAAUUUAAAACAACAGAGGUGUAUUUUCCUGAAGGUUUUUUUUUUAACCUCAAAACUUUAUUUAUCGUCAUUGUAAAGUUUUUCUGCAAGAAGCCCUUACGUCAAAGGACAAACAGACAAAUGAGUGAAUGUUGCAUUUUGUAAACAGAGAUAUAACACAAUAUAACCACUAAAGCAGCUACUGGUCACUCUAAUAAUGACCUCUGUAUUUGUUCUUCAUUUAUUUUAAGGAAAAAAAUGUUCAAGCAACCUGUUUGUGACUUUAUGUAUUUGUUAUAGUUUGCUUUGCAGUCUGCACAUAAGCAGUUAAUAGUGAUAACACUGGCAAAUUUAAGGAUUCAUGGUUGCUAAGCUAUGAUUGAACUCUUUUUAGACUCAAUAUAUUGAAGGAAGAAGAUAUGGAUUUCAUUCUGCUUUUAGACCUUCAUGUUGGGAAAUAUAAUUUACAAAAGGAAUAUUUGAUGGUUCUCUGAAUAAAAAAAUGAAAAAUCCAAAUUUAGAGACCAUGUUCAUGGUUUCUGGGCAAAUCUUGCUGAGCGUGAUGAAGCCAAUGACCUCUGUAUUUUAAAAAUCCUUAAUCCUUAAGUUUAAAGUGAAAAUAUGUCAAAUAUAAAUCCUCAUUGAGUGUCUGAUGGUAAAACUGCUGCAGUAACAGCUACUCAUUAACAUACAUCACUAAUAAUAUUUCUCUGUUAAAACAAAAUGGGAAUACUGGUAAGAAAAGCACUGAUUUUCAUCAUUAUGUUUUUACUUGCAGAUCUUCAUUGUUUUUGUAUGCAGCAUUCAUACUGUUUAAAGAAAAAUAAAUGCUUUUUUCACGAU